AUGUCAUCCUCGCCCAUGACGCGGAGAUCAUCAGAAUCAGACGCCGCUGAGGGCUCAAGCCCCCCAUCGUCCCCUCCGUCUGCGGUAGACUCUGCGUAUGACCCCGCCAUCGAAAAAGCGCAGCAAGAAGAGAAAAAGCUAGCAGCCGAGUCAAAACGCCAAAGACAGGAAGACAGGAAGGCUGCUAAGAAUGGCGAUGAGGCACAAUCCAGCAAAGAUACGCUUGGAGAUCUGGAUUGGUUUCUGAGCCGAAGUCAAGGGUUCUCAGGAACCAUCAUGGAUCAAUUGCGCCAGGCGCUAGAAGCGCGCAAGACCCAAACGACCAAGCAACCAAGCCUUGUUGCAGGAGGAACAAUGCGGGGAUACCAGCUUGAAGGCUUGACAUGGCUAACGUGCCUCUACCAAAUUGGGUUGAAUGGUAUUCUAGCAGAUGAGAUGGGUCUUGGAAAGACCAUCCAGCUUAUCUCGUUUCUCGCUUUUCUCAGGGAGCACGGCACAAAUGGUCCCUUCUUGAUCCUGGGACCGUUGAGUACUAUUAAUAAUUGGCUGAAGGAAUUCAAAUUCUGGACUCCACAGAUUCCGGCAAUCAUGUAUCAUAGUAAUCCCCAGUCUAGAGCGCAGAUCCGCAGGCAACAAAUGAAAGGAGACGCCAAAGGUGCAAAUUUCCCUGUUGUGUGUACAUCAUACGAGAUUUGCAUGCGGGACAAGAAGUACCUGGCAAAUUAUCCUUGGAAAUUCAUCGUCGUCGACGAAGGUCAUCGAUUGAAGAAUUUUAAUUGCAAGCUUGUCAGAGAGCUGAAGCAGUAUCCCUCCGAGAGUCGCCUCAUUCUGACAGGCACACCACUACAGAACAAUCUUGCUGAACUCUGGUCGCUCCUCAACUUUCUUCUACCAGAAGCGUUCUCGGACCUUGAACAAUUCGAGAGCAUGUUUGAUUUCUCAGAUGUGCAUGACAAGGAGAGUCACAAGCAAUUUAUGUCGAAGGAACGCCAGCAGCGUACAGUGGCUUCUUUGCAUGCGAUUCUGAAGCCUUUCCUCUUGCGCCGUGUCAAGGAUGAUGUUGAAACUAACCUCCCGAAGAAACGUGAAUAUAUACUUUACGCUCCGCUCACCACCGCGCAGAAAGAGCUGUACAGAAAGAUCAAGGAUGACGACAUUCGUGCCUAUCUUGAACAACAAGCUAUUAAGCGUAUUGGGGAAAAGCUUGAAGACUCUAGAGUGAGCGAAAUGAAAGGCAAAAAGCGCAAAGGGAGCAGUGGUCUGUCUACACCAAACAAGAGUGCGAAAACAUCGCGAAGUACAACGCCAGCCAGCAGCAUUCGUUCCGUUCGAAGAGGCAAGGGACGUAAGACAUAUGAGGAGGUCAGUGACGCACAAUACUUCCAAGCUCUCGAGCAAGAAAGUGAAAGCGAUGCUGUGGACUCAGAGGAGGAAGCGGAGAAGGACAGGGCUGAUACCCUUGCCAAGGCUCGCAAAGAAGUCUCCAAUAAGAAAUUGCAGAAUCCUGUUAUGCAACUACGUUUGGCGUGCAAUUCACCGCACCACUUCUCAUGGCCUUGGGGUACCGAGGAUCCUGACGAGACAUUGGUCACUGACUCCGGCAAAAUGAUCAUGCUUGACCGAUUGAUACCUCAUCUGUUCAAACAGAAGCACAAAGUAAUUCUCUUCUCACAAUUUAGUAAACAGCUUGAUAUUCUCGAGGAAUGGGCGGCUACCCUCAGGGGGUGGCCUAUUUGUCGAAUAGAUGGCUCCGUGAGCGCUGAUGACAGGCAAGAAGCCAUCGAAGCCUUCAACACCAAAGCUUCUCACCGCCUCUUUCUGCUCAGCACCAGGGCUGGUGGCCUUGGGAUUAAUUUGACAUCAGCAGAUACCGUCAUUCUGUUUGAUUCUGAUUGGAACCCCCAACAAGAUCUUCAAGCCCAAGAUCGAGCACAUCGCAUUGGCCAAACGAAGCCAGUCAUCGUCUAUCGCCUCGCCACUAAAGGCACUGUCGAGCAAACGUUACUUGAAAAGGCGGACGGUAAGCGACGACUCGAGAAGCUCGUCAUACAGAAGGACAAGUUCCGUAGUAUACUUGACAAGAAAAGCAGACAAGAAGAGUAUGAGGAGAUUGAGGAUAUCCUCGCGGAGGAUGAAUUCGAGAACUACGAUCCUGGGGAAGGAGCGGAGAUCUUGAGUGAAGAGGAUCUUAAGACAUUGACUGACAGGAGUGCCACAGCUUACGCUAAAGCUGCCAAGGGCGAAGGGACGAGUGGAGAUAAAUUCAAGAGUAUCGAAACAAAGAAGGGACAGGUCGAUAUUCUGGGAAGCAUGGCAAAGUAA